CCAAAUAUUUUUUUUUGCUUGUCUCGCUACUCAACAUCAACCAACAGGCUCGCACUUUGCUGCAUCUAGGACGAACACUGCAUGGUAUCACGCUAUAGGUAGGUAAACUUGCAAAGUAAAACCAGUACAGGCUUUUUCAUAGAUGUGAAUAGCUAUUUUGCUUUUUUGUCGUGGAAAACGUGAGUUACCACGUGGUUGUAUUUGCAUUCGCUUACUUCAGCCAGUGCUGGCAUAUGCAUUAUGAUGAAUAGGGAAACGACACCAACGAACAAUUUGUUAGACGUAUGUUGAUUUGGAAAUUUAUUAGUAUCUAUCUUCAGAUAUCAGAAAAAUUGAAGACUUGCGACUAAGCGUGCUUGUUUCGACCGUAUGGGGUGCCGAUUUUUUUUCACUACGCCGACGUUGAAGCACCCCGACGCUAGGAAAUCCUGAACGCGGAAUGAACCACCAGAGAGGCGACACACGCGGCAACUUCAACAAUAAGCCUAAAGGAGAGGACUAGCCUAACAGAGAGGACUGUUACAGGAGACUAGCCACUACCUUACUGUGAAAUGUUUGCUUUCUCUGCGCCCACCGCUGCUGGUGCGUCGAACUAAUCGAAAAAUUUGCAAUUGUAAUUGCCGCUAUGGCUGACCUCGAUUCGAACGUAUCAAUGUCGCCUGGUGAGGAGGAUGCGAUGAUGAUGCAAUCUUCGGCUGCGUCAGAGGGAGGCAACAACAAGGAGCCAGAGGGUAUGGAGGCGGAAGAAGAGGAAGUCGUUCCGGAACCGGUAUUAAUUCUUGAGAGAAGUUAUUUGGAAGAUGUUAUUACAAGAAGUUAUUACAAGGAGUUAACCAUUGAGGAAGAUGUUACUUCUACAAGGAUGUUGUGACUCACCGACGACAUUAUUUGGAUGUACUUAGUGAGCUAUAGAUGUUGUUCAUGAAGAUUUGAUAAAGAUGUUUUUUGAAUAUAAGUACUGUUGAGUGAUGCUGAUGCUGACAACCCUUUUCACAGGACUUCAAUCAAUUCGAUGCGAAGACCCUGCAGCAAAUUGUGAAGCAGCUUAGAAGUCGGCAAGGGACGGCGGCUGAAGUGGAGGCUUUGCUAAAUAGGUUUGAUAGCACGAGUACAGCCUCUUCUAGCUCGACAGCAGGAGAAAAGAAGAAGGAUCCUGGCGGUAUUUGAUUUUAUUUGCAUGCUUACUUUCUUUGUUAACGUUGUCUUUGAGCAUUUUUUCCAGGUAGCUUUCUUUACUGGAACUAUACACAUAAAUGUCGAAAUUUGUGCCUCACACUUACCAAACAUAAGCAGCCCUCGACAAAGCAGAGGUCGACGCAGCAGCGGCGCAGCAGUAUCAAGAGAUCCGCGUAGGGGAGGAGCAUCUGGAUGGUAUUACAAAUAUAAUAAGUUUAAGUUUCUACAUAGACUUAGACUAUCUUAUCAACAUCUCUUUUGAGUAUCCAUAUAGUGACUUUUGGAAUCGAGAAAUGUUACAUGAAGUAGUGGAUGUAUAAUUCGAAUGAUGUUCCUAGUAACUCCAUUUUUUUCCACCCAACGCCAACAAAAUCUAGGUUUCGAAGAUGUCGAAGAUACUACGUCAGAUGCUGCCAUGACGUUCUUAGAUCGUGCGAAGUUCGUGCCUAUCCGCCUAUCCUACAAUGAGCGCCCUUACUUGAGACUCAUAGAAGGCGCCACCGCCGUUUCUACGUACACCGAUAGAGUAGAUUCGAUGUUAGUGACAGACAAGAACGGGCAAUUGAAUCCAAGGUUGGAGCAGAGAAAAACAGGCGUUCUGAUAAAACAAAUGUGCGCAACGUUGUGUGGAAUGGUAGUAGCACAGGACUACGACAAAGGCCAAGCUUUGCUGCACGAUAGGGACUUCGCAAAAUACUCGCACUUUUUGAGAGCGGUAUUGAUGAAAAUACAUUCCCCUACUCCCACCUUAGCUUAGUGUUUUUAUCGACAAUCUUUCUUCAUCAGAGUCAGUUUUUCUUACAACUUUGCAACCCAGCAUCAUCGUCUUUCGAACUGUAACAAAUUCGUAUACCAACAUGAUCUUCCAGGUUUUCGAGAUUGGUCGCCGUUACAAAAUUCUUAAUCCAGAAAGAAUGCGAGAGGCGUAUGGCAAGAUGAUGUACAUGCUGCAGGAUAGCAAUAGGUCCGAGAUCAAAGAGCUCUUAGACUUCAGCUGCGUCCAAGAAGUCCGGACAGUCUGGGACGUGCUCUCACAACAUGAGAGAGGGGUGAAGCUGCUGUCGGAUCCGCUUCUGCACGUAGCGACGAUGGAGAUCAGUGAUAGGGGUACCAUUACUGUAAUAUCCUGUGGUUACUUUUUUGGUAGUUGACCUGACUUCUUCUGAGAUAAGGUUCGACGCAUGUGCUGAGAACUGGAAACAGUUGAUGUUGAUUGAGCAUAUGGGUCAUGUGUUGCUUUCUGAAAUUGAGUCGAGCGAUCAUUUUUCACCCAACUUUUGCAGGGCGGGAUCGGCGCGAAGUGAAUUUGGAUAUUAGGCGGAAGAACGACGCGAAAAAGGAAUUACAGCGCAAGUAUGCAACCAGCACCCGAAGACCGCAGCACGGGUUUGGCCGAUUUUAUCGAAGUACCUACGAAAUUCAGGGUGACGAUGACUCGAAAAUAGGCUACCACGGAGAUAAAGACCACUUAGACGAAGAAACAAUAGAACAGUGCGUGUGCAGUUUGGGGGAUCAUCAGACGUAUCUGAGAUUCAACAGGGAGCCGUGCGACCGAUUAUUGCAGGUAUAGACUUUGAUGUAUUGUCGUACAUACUGUAACCGCUCGAGCUUACUGGGCGAAAGCUUCGGCUAGUGUGGGCGUCUCUUGCUGGCUGUAGUCGCCAGGCAGGAGCGCACCGUUCUGGAGAUGUCUCAGGCCGUCGCCACAGGCGUCGCCUCCAAGACGGCCCCAGGCGUCGCCACGACCAACGGCGGCCCAGCUAGCAACGGGAGCCGAGGGGGCCGCCCGGUUCACAGUCAGCAAGCCCCCGCGCGACGAGACUAGGGAGGGCAUAGGCGUGGCCAAUAACCGGAGCAGUGCCCACACCCAGCGGCUUGCCUCGCGCUAUCGCCGAGAUUCCACACGGGCAAGAAUUGCGCGAAGCUGUGACGUGGUUGGUAAGGGCGACCAGUGCGGAGGCUGGUCUCUGUGGGUUUCCUCGCUCCAAAGAGGCAAACACUGACUGAGGGCGUGCACGGCUGUGCCAGCGUCGGAGGCGGAUGAGGCAUGUCGCCUGGAGUGGUUUUGCUGCGAUUGUGCGCUUUAAUUAGUCAUGGGGCAGUAGACCUGGCUGGUUUUCCAUCUGGUAUUCUUGUGCGCGCCUGCCUUGCUCUGAGGCGAAGCGCGACCGGGCGGCCGGCUUGCUAUCAUGGUGCCGCCUGUCUGUGCAACGCUGCCGGGGUGAUGAGGCUGAAGCCGGACGCCUACGAAAAUCUGGCUCGCGAACUGAAGCGGCGGGCUCGCCGCGUUUCUGCGAAGCGCCUGGGACAUUCUUACGCAGGAGCGACGGGGCUGAAGCUGGACGCCGACGAAAAUUAGACCCGUGAACUGAAGCGAGCCCCCCGUCGCGCUUCGUUCUGAAAAGCGCCGAAGACAUUACAUAUUGCGCUGCGUGCCCUCAUUACUUAGUGGCGUGCGUGAUCAAUCUAAGGAGGGACAUCGCGGGGAGAAACAUGAGAAGGCUAUCAUGUAGAUGGGUGGGCAAAUGGCUGCCGGCCUCUUGGGGUGGCGAUAGUGGAGGCCUAUCGAGCCAAACCCUCGCGGCUGUAGUGUCGUUGUCCGCAGCUCGCCCAGGUCCGCGCACUUGUUUAGGGAAUGAAGUCGCUAGCGCGCGACGAUAUCGAACAGCGGGCAGCGCGCUCAGGCCCUUCGGACGAUUGGGGAACCGAUAGCGCCGGCAAAUGCCCGGGCUGUCCAUGAUUCACAUCGGCCACGCGGCAGCCUUUGCGGCAAGGGCGUCAACAAGAGCGCCCGCGGCCUCUGAGGGGGUGCCCGCGUUGAAAAGCCGCCGCGCGUCCAUCUGCCGCCGGCGUGGUGGGUAGCUUACUGCUACACCUCUUGCUGCCACGGUGUGACCAAUCGCCAAAGGCUUCCGGGGGUCCCUUGUGCAUCUUACCACAGCAUGCCGCACGCCUCGGCCCAACUGAGUCGGGGACGCCAGGGCGCUGGCCCCCGGGGUGUCCCCGGCUUUGAACAAGUCCGCCAGGCCAUUGGCUCCCGGCGUGUUUUCUGCCUCGGACAAAAGGGCAAGAGCGCUGCCCAGGGCAGCGGUUACCGGGGUGCCUUCUGCGGGCUGUAGGACGGGGCUGUGGCCCCAAGUUCUCCCUCUCCGAGCGCAGCUCCCGAGUUGAGAAGUUGGACGCUUUCCGUCGAACUAUUCCCAGCAACAUUCCCGACGUCCUUGAGGAAAGUGCCGACUGCGCUGCUUACUCGAGAGCUUCUGACGCGAGUCCCAAGUCGUCUCCGGCUCCCACUGACUCUGGCAAACGCAUCAGGAGACUUCUGGGCGCUGUAGUGGCUCUGAACUCGGCCGAUUUGAGACUCCCUCAGACUUCUCAACAGACCGACCCCAGGAGGACGCACAUGGACACGGCCAAAGAGAUUGGGCCUGUCGCAACUCCGAUUCUCGCUUUCUUAGGUGUGCAGGAAAACCACAAAAGCCCGCCAUCAUGAACCGACGAGCCGACUCGCCUCCUAGCAGAGUGCAGAAAUUUCCCAAGUAGAAAGGGGAAAGAGUAAAGGGAGGGUGGAAGUCUGAACUUUGCACAGGUUUGGGAUAUGAAUGUAAUAGACCAUACUAAGCUGGCCUAAGCUUCAAGCUAUCUCACAUGGGCAAGGCUUUGAGAAAGUGCGGCUGGCCCUUCACUUGCUGCCCCCGGCUGGCAGGCGGGGGCGCCGUGGCUGGGUGAUUGAUGUCUUUGGCCAUUUAGUUGCCAGAAGCGCAGCGACUUUGGGCUGACGAAGGUGCGAGCGUGAUGGCUGUUCCAUUUGUGUCUUUAUAGGCGGCCCGCCCUAAGGCUUUGUCCCUAAGGGAGGGGCACUGUUGAAGUUUAUUUAUUCGAAAAUGUAGACUACAUUCAUUGUCAUUCAUUCGAUAAUUAACCCUUCAGUUUCUCCGCGAGCAUUUUUCGCCAACCGAAGCUGGAGACGAUCCCGCGUUGUCCCUCGCCAUCAGUGAAGGCAAAAGCGGAGCGCGGCUCAAUCACUCACACGAAAGACAGUUUCGAUUUGUCCUCCAGUCCCUCCUCCUCUGGCGAGAGGUCUUAGCACACAUGUUCCAGCUGUGGCACUUCGCAGAGCACGACUUGCUAGAUCCAGAACAUCCCUACACCUUAACGCACACGGGACAGGGCUUGCACCGUGUGCAGCCAUGUAGAAGAGUGCAUCAAGCGAUGUUGAGGAUACUAGAGAAGGUGCAGAAGCAAGUAGGCGUGUGGAUAGGAAGUACGCAGAUCCACGUAGGGGACCACAAUGUGCCAAACGCAUUGAUGUUCAUCGACAAAUAUGCACAAGUGCCGAGGAUAUGCUCACCGAUAGUCUUGUGCCUAGACAAGAUUCCGAAGCUCUACGACCAGAAUCCCAAGAACAAAAUGUACCAUAUUAGUUACAAUGUAGUUAUAACUACGACCAGAACCGCCCGAAGAACAAAACGUACUACAAUUUGAUACAACGUACUUGGGGCGCUUCGCCGGCGCUUCAGUGUCAGCACCUUGCGUGUAGACAUAGCAAAGGCAUCCCAUCCUCUCCUACCCUCUUCUAUCCUCUCCUACCCUCUUCUAUCCUCUCCUAUCCUAUGCUAUCCUAUCUUAUCCUAUCCUCUCCUAUCCUAUCCUAUCCUACCCUUCCUAGGGUCGCAAUUUUAAUUCUCGUAAGUUCAACUACAUAGCGAUUUCUACCACGACAUUGUUAUGAUAAAAAUAGUUCUCACAUCACCAUGAUUGAGUGAAACCUCCAAUGAGUUCUUCAAUCAACCAUGCACAGCCUUAUCGACGGUUUCGGCGGCGUCACCCGCUUGCAGAAACUUAUCCUCGCAGAUUUUUUCAGGCACGCUUUUGACGGUUCAGGAGGGGACAACUUUUUUGAUGCUGGUAGUUGUGUUGACGGUCGACUCACAAGUGCCUGGAAUUGGUGCUCUCAGAUAGAAAGGAAAGAAUACUUUCCCAUUUUCCUCUUAGGCGGCUUCGUAGGAUUCGAUGGCGACGAAGGAUGGGAUAAGUAAAGAAUCGCCCUUCCCGCAUCGUAGAAUUCGAUGGCGACGAUGGGCGGGACAAGUAGGCGAUCCUUUUGGUUCGUUUUUGAGUAUCUUCACGUUGAACAUCUAUCCUCAUCUUGAAAGAAAACAUUGAUUUUGCGUCUAUUGCUUAUACUGCAGAGUUUUUGAUGAUUUACUUCCUUCAGGGACGUUGGUUUUGUGGCGUAUUGCUCAUGGGGUCUGUCCUUGAUCCGAAUUUAUCUCCAGUGCUACACGUAGAUGCACUAGAGGAGUGGGGCGUCAUAUUCCUCCGUCUCUUAAGGGCAUUCCCAUCUCAUGAUGGCAUCUCUUCUUUCUGAUCUUCAUAAAUCCUUCACUUUUGGAUUGAAACUAAUCCCAGACAUAAAAACUUAGGUAUAUCGUCUGUUUUCUUGCUACCUUUCCUCUUCCUCACUUAACAACAUAUUUUGAGAUUUUGUAACAUCGGAGCGUGC